AUGCGAUGUAAGUUUCGUGUUGGGGAAACAUCUGAUUAUACAACACCUUAUACAAUAAAUUCCCAAAGUCAGAAAAGAUCACUGGAAAAUAAUGCAAAAGCAAUUGUUCGAUAUAUGAAAAGCGAAUGGCACUUACCGACACCAGAUUUAAUCAUUUCUAUUCCUGGCGAUGGUAAUUUAUUAGAAAUGAAAAGACGAUUAAGAAAUGAGUUUCAACAUCGUUUGAUUUUGACUGCUCUACGCACAGAUGCAUGGAUUAUUACUGAUGGAAUAAUGAAUGGUGUAAUGGAAGAGGUCACAUCCGACAUAAAUAUUUUGCCUUUCGAUAACGUUUAUGAAGACAGUUCGCGCUUGUAUCGAAUUCGAAAACCAUCGCAAAUGGAAAAGAGCAAAAGGAAAUAUCCACUUGAUCCAAAUCAUACGCAUUUUAUAUUGUUGGAAGAUGAAUAUGGAUCAGAAAAUGUAUGGGGAAAGCGUAAUUUUCCAGAGACGAAACAUGAUUUGACAGUUAUUCGUCGUAACUAUACAUUAACACUCCGUGAUGAAAUAGAAAAACAAGCAAGAAAAUUAGACGAACAUGCUUAUCCAGAUAAAAAUGGCGGAGACGAAUCAACAUUUUCAACUGUUACUAAGGCUAUUGAUAAUGGAACGCCAGUUGUUGUUAUUCGAAAUACUGGUGGAUUAGCUGAUGAAAUUGCCGAUAAAUAUAAACCACCUGAAAAUUCUGCAACCGAUAAAUCAUCAACCUCAGAAUCACAGAAAAGGUCACCACAGUCUGAUCAAACCCUUUUUCUCAAUGACGAAAAUAAGCAAACAUUGGAAAUGAUAAUCAAAUCUCCAAAAGCUUCUUAUCUUAUCACCAUACUAGAGUACAAAGAUAAAGAGAUACCAUUAAAUUUGGACGCUACAAUAUUCCUUGCAUAUCUGCAGGGUAAAUAUAUUACACAAACGUUUCUUGAUUUUCAUGUUGCUGUUUCAAUACUACUGUCUUUCACGUUACCAUGUAGGUCAGGUAAAAAUCGAUGGAGAAUUCUCUAUUAUUUUCUGACUACAUCAGGUCAGUAUAUAGAUCAUAAUAUCUCGCGGCUCACUCUGAAGCCAUCCCUCCUCCCCGACAACAUCGUAAACUAACGGCAUCUGUUGCAUAAAUAUUGAUGAUGAAAUUAAAGAGAUUACCUGACCUACAUGGUGAUCUGAUCUAGUCAGAAAAUAAAAGAAAAUUCACAAACACAUCAUAUAGAUCAAUAGACACUAUCAUCAUCCAUUGGAUAUCGAAAUAAAUUCCUAGCAAAUGCGAAUUCCUUUAUAGAAAAUCAAAUUCUCGGC